AUGGCUUCAUUCCUUCGCGCCUUCUCGCUAUCGGCGAGAUUAUUGAUCCCAAGCAAUGCCAUGGGCGCUUUUGCGACUCGCGCCAACUGGUCGCUCUUUGCCAGCCCCUCAACGACGCCCAUCUCUCGAGCACUCGGAAACGGUUUGAUGCAACAGACUCGCGGCAUGAAGGUCCACAGUUCGGUAAAGAAGCGAUGCGAACACUGUAAGGUCGUUCGACGGAAAGCCGGCAAGCGACAUAACGGCUACUUGUAUAUCAUCUGCAAGGCGAAUCCUCGACACAAGCAACGACAAGGUUAA